AUGAGAGUACCCGCCUUUGUCCCUGUCCUGCUCGUCUUCUUGGAAUGUUGUCAUCCCACCCUCAGUGAUAGUAUCAUUUAUCGCGAGUUCAAGCCUGACGAUAAUUUGUCGCAUUUCGAUCCAUCAGCUGCGAGUUUUUGCAGGAGAUUCUCUUGUUUCGUCGCAGUUGAUACUGCCGCUGCUUCCCGUACAAAGGCUGUAGUCGGCCUGGUUCAGAUGCAUGUUCCUGCGGCAUAUAUCGAGCCAGAUGUUGCUAAGGCGAUUGACGAGAAGAUGUGA